AUUCUGUGUGUGACCAAAACACUGUAAACAGCAGUGACAUUUGGUUUGUUUUGAUAUUAUUUAGCAAUUCGUUUAUUGAUUGAGUUUUUGUUAGCUCAAAGUUGCUGAGGAAGGACAAGGCCUAAGGAAAAACAAGCAAGUUUUUCAGAAGUUAUCAAGGAGGAAAUCAGUGAUGGACAGCAAGGAAACAGCUGACGAGUUUAAGGGAAAAUUAGAGAUGAUGUUCAGUGGUGCAUUUUCAUGUCUCAAAAUUAUGACUGGCCUUGAGGUGGGACUUUUUGAGGUUUUGUCACAAUUCACAGAACCUAAGUCAUAUGUCGAGAUUGCAGAUGCAGGAAAGCUGAAACCAAGGUACAACCAGUGUACUGAGGAAGACCGUAGUACCGUAUACUUAUACGGUCGAAAAUUUCAUGGUGUCAGUCCUGAGCAAUAUAUUGACUUUGCAAGUCAUAUGUCUAAGGUGUCUGCCCUGUCGGUCGACCACCAUCUCAUUACAUAUAUUGAGCAAAUUGAUGGCCUAACUGAUAUGCUUGAUGCUGGUGCUAAAGUUCUUGAUUUGGCUUGCGGGACUGGACACACUACGAUUGUCAUGGCAGAACGCUUUCCUAAAUCCACGUUCAUUGGUGGAGACUUUAUGCCGAAGCAGCUCGAUGUUGGCCGGGAAAUGAUGAAAGAGCGCCAUCUAUCAAACGUCACAUUGCAGCAACUAGAUGUUGAGAACUUGCCAAUGGAAUGGACAGCAAGUUUUGAUUUUAUACUGUGCCACUAUGCCGUCCACGACUUAGGAAAUCCGGAAAAGGGGCUGCAAGAAUUCCACAGGGUUCUCAAAGCCAGUGGUUUUGGGUUGAUUGUUGAUGUCAACCUCCAUAGCAAACACUCCGAUAACAAACAGAACCAUUUUUCCAACAUAGAGUAUGGAUUUAGUGAGUCACACUGCCUGCCAGCCUCACUUUGGUUUGAAGGUGGCUGGGGCUUAGGAGUUGGAUGGGGUGUAGAAUAUGCUACAGAUUUUAUUGGGUCUUGUGGGUUUGAGGUAAAAAUGAUUGAAAAUGGCCAUACUGUAUCAUAUAUUAUCAGGAAAAGAAAUCACUAAAUAGAACAUAUUUAUGUGAAUAGUUAUUUUUAAUAUUUUAUUAUAAUAUCAUACAAUGAUAAUCAUUAACUGUAAACAUUAAUAUGGUUUAUAGUACAGGUAGUUUUAUUGUAAUUCAUGCUAUGUUUAGUUUUAAAAGUAAUUUCUUCUAGUUGUUUGAUGGUGUUGCUGGUGAUGAUGUUGGUAGUUGUGGUUCUGGUGUAGUUUCUGUUGCUAUUCCUUUUUUGUUAUUGUUGAUGUUGUUUUUAGUUGGAGGGAUUUUUUUGUUGGUACUGCUAUUCUUGUUCUUGUUAUACAGUAUUUGAAGUUGCUGUUGUUUGUGGUGGUGCUUUUGUUGCUGCUGCAAAUGUUGUAGUUGAUGAUGUUUUUGCAAUAUGACAAGGCUUCCAUUAAGAUUUUAUAGAGUACUACAACAAUUACUGUUACUGUAAUUUAAUUUUAUCUUGUCAGUUUGCUCUCGAACAAGAAUUCUAAAAUACCACUACCAGUCUUUUCUUCAAACUACAUAACUUUACGCCAUUAGUUUAUGUUUUUCAUCUGAUUGGUCUUUUAGCAAUUAUGCAAACACCUUGAAUUUAAGUUAAUCAUUUUUUUAUUUACAUUUAAAAAUUUGUUUCAGGAAAUAUAGGAGUUUCUAGGCAAAAUAAAAAUACUCAGACUUUCCUUAAAUAAGCAUUGUAUAACAGUAGUGUCGUGAUUGUUUUGAAAUGUGACAAAUUACAUUUUUUUCAGGCUUAAUACCAAUGUUUUCAAGUUUAGUCGGUCCAUGGACUUUUGCUUAAGACAUACAUCAGUUAACUGCAGACUUGCCAUCCCAAAAUUAUCGUACUGUGUUGUUAAAUGUUAAACUGAAUAAUUAGCAUAAAAAUAUGGCAGUAUUGUAUACUUUAGUACAGAGAAGCUGUAAUACUUUACUCAUAUAUUUGGCAAUAGAAAAUCAUUCCAAUAAAAUAUGACCUAUCAUUUUAAA